AUGGCAUCAAAUGCAAGGAGUGUCCCGCAGACUGAUCCUAAAGUCUACGACACGUAUGCGAGUCAAUGGGCUGAGCUGCCUGCUGAUGAAGCAGCCUGGCUUCAGCGAGCCCAGGAGGUCUCAAACGUUCUUGCAGAGGACGCAGGUCUGCGUGAACGCGAGAACAAAUCUCCUCGCGCUGAGGUCGCUCUUUUGAAACACUCUGGGCUUCUCAAAGUCUUGGGGCUGAAGAAAUAUGGCGGAGGCGAACAGCCAUGGAGUGUCGGAUAUAAAGUGAUCCGCAAAGUGGCUGAAGGAGAUGGCUCUCUGGGGAUGCUCCUUGGAUAUCACCUUCUUUGGUCAACUACUGCCAAUGUUGUUGGAACUGCUGAGCAAGCGGAUCGCAUCCAGAAGCUCAUAAUCUCGAACAACUACUUCGUUGGCGGUGCAGUGAACCCACGGGACCAGGAUCUACGCAUUACAUCUGAUGGAGAUGACAUUGUGUUUAACGGAUUCAAGUUCUUCAACACAGGAGGUGUCGUUUCUGAUUUGACUGUGCUUGAAGGAUCAUAUGAAGAUACGAAUGACCAUAUUUUCGCUUUCGUCAAGACGGAGCAGCCAGGCAUUCAGUUUUCACAUGAUUGGAAUAAUGUCGGACUCCGUCUUACAGAGUCGGGAAGCGUCAAGAUUGAUAAGGUAAAGGCACCUUGGGCAGAUGCACUUGGAUGGGAUGCGGCCAAGAAAAAGCCAGAUCCUUCAAUCUUAGGCAUCCCCUUCGCUACUCUCUUACUUCCAACGAUUCAACUUGUCUUCAGCAACUUUUACAUAGGUAUCGCCUGGGGAGCCCUGAGUGAAGCGUCGGCGUACACGAAUAAAUCUACUAGAGCCUGGCCAUAUGGAGGAGAUAACAAGGAGAGGCCCCAAGAUGAAUUCUAUAUUUUGUCAACUUAUGGCAACUUCCUUGCGCAUCUGCGGGCUGUCACGGCCCUAGCUGACAAGGCUGGCGAGGAGGUUACUUCCUUGUACAAUAAUUCAGGAAGCGCAGAGGAUCGAUCGAAGGUAACAGCCGAGGCCAGAGGCGAGGCAGCGGUGUGGGUGGCCAGUGUCAAAGUUGUGGCGACGGAUACAGGGCUGCGGGUCACUUCAGGCUUGUUCGAAGUGACAGGAGCUAAAGCGACGGCGACAAAGGUGGGCCUGGAUCGAUUCUGGAGAGAUGUUAGAACCCACACGCUCCAUGAUCCCGUAUCCUACAAGAACAGGGAACUUGGUCGGUAUCAGCUGCUAAGGGAGCUGCCCGAGCCUACCUGCAGUCCCGCCUGCACGGCAUUUGCCACGGACAAGAUGCCAUUCAUAAUCAGCCCCGAGCCGGUGAUCCCUCCCAUAUUUACUGCAGCCUUGCACGGCGACUACGACGGAGUCAAGCGCCUCAUCCGCGAAGGGGCCGAUGUCAAUGCUAUCAAUCCCAACACGAAUCUCACGGCCCUACACGUAGCCAGUUCGAGAGAGGACUACCGGAUUGUCAGGGUCCUCCUCGAGGCCGAUGCCGACCCCUCUGCUACUGACGAGUUGGGCCAUACACCACUGUUUGAAGCCGUCAGUAAUGGGAAGAUCUUAUCGGCGAGACUGUUGAUUGCUGCAGGCGCUUCCAUAAAUGUCAAGGGAUACGAGGAGAACACUUUGCUGCACGCGGCGGCUGGUGGUGGCUAUAAGAACAUCACGAGGUUAUUAGUGAAGGAGGGCGCGGAGGUAGACGCUGUCAAUGCGGACGGGGAGACACCUCUCCAUUCAGCGGCAAGACGUGGAGCAGGUCCUGAGAUUGUAAAAUUCCUCCUUGAUGCUGGGGCAAAUUUAGAGGCAAGGACGAAGACCGGCAGCACUCCUCUCCUCUCAGCCGAGGGUUAUGACGACGAAGUCGAACUACUACUGCGAAAAGGAGCCGACGUCACUGCCGUCUCUGAUGACGGCAUGACGGCUUUGCACAUGGCGGCAAAGCACAGUGUAUGCGAACAAUUGAAGCUCAUACUGGAUACCAAAGCCAUCGACGUCAACGCAAAGACAGCUGACGGGUACACCCCGCUACACUUUACUGCGCAGACCCCGGUCAAUGAAGACAUGAACCUGCAACUCCUCGACGCCGGGGCUGAUAUCGACGCCACGAACAAAGAUGGCGACACGGCGCUACACAUAGCAGCCAAGCAGUAUCCCAACACGAGUCUCAAGAUACUGCUUGCUCGGGGUGCCGACAUAGAAAAGGCAAACAAUAUCGGGGCAACGGCCCUGCACGUUGCUGCCUGUACCGGAUCCGUGGCUCCGCUUGAUGCGUUGCUUGAGGCUGGGGCGAACCCUGGCGCUCUUGACAUGCGCGGGUUGACACCACGACAUCACGCAAUCUGGGCAAAGGAGGACUACUAUCGAACGCAGAGAAAGGAUUGGGAGGAGACGGGGUUCCAGAGUGAGAACUUUAGUGAUCAGGAAUGGGGUCAGGUCCACGAGUAUGCGUCAGUCUGGGAUGACAUAGCAGCAAAACUAUUGGCGGCAGAAGACCAGUAA